AUGUCGUCUACCCCGUCCACCGAUGCCGAGUGGGCGGCUCAGAUCUCCAAGAUGAAGGAAUGGCUGCCGGCGAGGUCAGUAUCACAGCCGCCGAUCCCGCUAGGCAUACACCGGAUGAUCGACCACACACUCUUGAAAGAGCCGAUUGCGCCGGAGCAGAUCGACACCAUCUGCAAAGAAGCUCACGAAAACAACUUCGCCGCCGUGUGUGUGCGGCUGGGGUACGUGGCCCGCGCCGUUGCCAACUUAAAGGACGUCCCUGGCACUGUGGUGGCCUGCGUGGUGGGGUUCCCGGAAGGCACGCACGAGACGGCAGACAAAGUACGGGAAGCGAAAGAGGCGGUCGAGCAGGGGGCCAGCGAGCUGGACAUGGUGAUCAAAUACGAGCUGCUGCAGAAGGGCAUGUACACGGCGGUCUACGACGAUAUCGUCGCAGUGCGCCAGGCCGCCCCCGCACCAAUAACCCUCAAGACCAUUGUCGAGGUCGCCAAGCUUGACAAGGACCAGCUGAUGGCCGCAACGAUCGUGUGCUGCAUGGCCGGCGCGGAUUUCGUCAAGACCAGUACCGGGUUCAAUGGCGGCGCCAGUGUUCAGCAUAUCUCGCUCAUGCGCGUCGCCGCCGAUAUGUGUGGCCGCGACUGCAAGAUCAAAGCCAGCGGCGGGAUCCGCUCGGCUGAGGAUUGUGUGCGCAUGGUUAAGGCCGGCGCCCAGCGGAUCGGAACGAGUUCAGGGGUUCGUAUCGUCACUGAGCUUAACGAGGGCGAGCUGCUGGAGCAAGGGGCCAGUCACGCGGUGUCUUAA